GUUUGGGUAGGUGAGGCAAGGCCAUGGGGUCAUUCUGCCAGUUGCAGUUGGGUGGUGAGUGCAGGUGGGAAGUCUGGGCUGGUGGCAGUUGAGUUGGGGACAGCCAGGGUGGCACUGGGAAAUGGCCCCGGGGAGCUCCAGCGGUGCAGCCUUUCCAUCAGUUCCGCCACUGGCUAUCACAAGGGGCAUGAGGUCUGUGGUGAGUCCAAGAUUAACUCGGCCCCAUUGGUCUGGCUGUUGGAGGUGGAUGAAGAAGCCCUGAUCCGGCUGUCGGUACCUGUGGAGCUGGCCCAGAAGAUGCUGCAGGUCUUGGAGAAGCAGUGCCAGGGCAGCACUCUGCGUGACCUGCGUGGCUGCCGCGUGUAUGCCAGAUACUUGCUCAGUAGGGGAGCUGAGCAGGAUGGUGGGGGGAGCACUGCAGUGUCCUCAGAGGGCAGUGGCUGCAGGAGCAUUGGCUGUGAAGCCACGAUGGCCAAGGCAGCAAAGGAAGACCUUUCUGCAGCCACAGUACCGCCCCAAGCCUCCAGUGUGGCGAACUCCGAUUCCCAGCUGUUCAGUGAGCUCCUUAGGAGUGAAGGGCUGUGCUUCCCAGAGGUGACGGAGGAGCAGAUCAAAGUGUUGGGCAGCUCCAAAGGGGUGAGCAAGAGCGGCUCGCUGGCCGAGAUUGCAGCCAUGGUGGAUGUGAUCCAGAGCAGCAGCUCAGCGGUGGGGCUGCGCUUAGCUGGGCUCAAGCAAAUCUUGAAGAUCCUGGAGGAGGAGCCCAAGUCUGAGCAGCAAGUUGGCACAGCCCAGGGCAGGCUGGGGACCGGGAGCGCUGGGGAGAAGCUGGUGCAAGUGGCAGUGGAGCUGCUGAGCACUGAGGUGGCAGAGAAGGCGCUGGUGGCAGUGAUGCUGCGCCUGCUGGCCGUGCUGAUGGCGCAGCACGACUGGCGUGUGCCGUUUGCCACGGAGGGCGGCGUGCGGGCCGUGCUGGCCUGCAUGCAGCAGCACAGCUCCUCCACCCUGGUGCAGCAGGCUGGCCUGGCGGCCCUGAAGGUGCUGGUGGGAGCUGCAGAUGGUGAGCCAGCAGGUGGGAAGUCCUUGUCCUGGAACCAUGCUGACGUGCAGAUGAUGCGGGAGAUCUUUGCCAGCAUCGGCUCUGCCUCCAGCGAGGGCUCUGCCAGUCUGCUGAGUACUAUCCCUGCUGCCCUGAGCACCAUGCAGAGGGUCCCAGGGGGCUCCUCAGGAGUGCAGAACGGCUUGCUGGUGGUGAACAUGCUGAUGGAUGGGCACCGGGGCCUGGCGGAGCAGCUGGCGAGCUGUGACCUCCUGGCGGUGCUGCAGAGCUGCUGGAGGGACGGGCAGAGCAGCGGCUGCCCUCAUGCGGUGCUGGCCCUACGCGCCAUCAACCGCCUCGCAGAGCACGGGCUGCCCCUGGGCCUGGAGGCAGCAGGCAGAGAGGCCCCACUGGACCUGAAGGGUGUGCGGAUGCUUCUGGGCAGCCUGGAGGAUGGCACUUUGUCCAAGGAGGUGGUGGUGGCCCUGGAACGGCAGCUCUGUGGUGAAGGCCCUGUCCCCUCUGGGCAGGUGUCCCAGCUGCUGCAGGACCACAGCUGCUUCAGGCUGCUGCUGCGCAGCUUGGAGCUGCUGGGGGCGGAGAAGGCUGUGAGCCUGAGCAUCCUCAGGAUCCUGAACAAGUUCCUGGACAGUUAUCAGGAGGAUGUGCUGCCCUGGCAUGAGUGUGUGGAGCCCUGUGUGUCCUCCCUGAGCGCCCACAGCAGCAGCUGGGAGGUGCUGCAGGAGGUCGUUGGCUUCCUGCACCGCCUGGCCACUGCCAGCGAGGACUGUGUGGUGGUGAUGUGCCACGUGGGCACCCAUGAGGCUCUGUCCAAAGCCCUGGAAAAGCACAGUGUGGCUCCAUCACUGGCGCCAGCCCUGCUCAACCUGGUGACGGACUGUGAGAAGUACGCCAGCCUCUACAAGAAGCUGACAACCAGAAUCUUGGCUGGCUGCAUCCAGCUGGUCCUGGGGCAGAUUGAGGAGCACCGCCGGAGUCACCAGCCCAUCACCAUCCCCUUCUUUGAUGUCUUCCUGCAAAACCUGUGCCGAGGCUCCAGCAUGGAGGUAAAGGAAGACAAGUGUUGGGAGAAGGUGCAGGUCUCCUCCAACCCACACCAGGCCAACAAGCUCACAGACAGGAACCCCAAGACAUACUGGGAGUCAAAUGGCAGCACUGGCUCCCACUUCAUCACUGUGCACAUGCAGUGUGGUGUGGUGAUCAGGGAGAUGAGCAUGCUGGUGGCCAGUGAGGACUCCAGCUAUAUGCCAUCCCGCGUCGUGGUGCUGGGUGGGGACAACCCUGCCACCAUCAGAACGGAGCUCAACACAGUUACCAUCCUGCCUUCAGACAGCAGAGUGAUCCUGCUGGAGAACAUGACCCGCUUCUGGCCCAUCAUCCAGAUCCGGGUGAAGCGGUGCCAGCAGGGUGGCAUUGACACACGUGUGCGUGGCAUCGAGGUGCUGGGUCCCAAGCCCACUUUCUGGCCCGUCUUCAAGGAGCAGCUGUGCUGGCGGACAUUCCUCUCCUGCACUGCUCAGGCUCACGCCUGGGGCCAGGAGAUCUGCCGGGACCGAGGGCAACUGCUGCAACUCUUUGGCAGACUGAACCGGGCGCUGCAGCACGAGCAGGGCUUCGCCGACCGCUUCCUUCCUGAUGACGAGGCAGCCCGGGCAUUGGGCAGGACGUGCUGGGAGGCCCUGGUGAACCCCUUGGUGCAAAGCAUCACUAGCCCAGACCCUGAUGGUGUCAGUCCCCUGGCCUGGCUGCUGAGGGAGUACCUGGAGAACGUGGAGCCGCCCCACCGUGCCAGGGGACACAGGGCUGCCUUUGGAUCCUGUGUGCGGCGCCUGACCCAGCUCCUGGUGCACGUGGACCCUGGUGGCCCAGAGCCGGAGGAGACAAGAGCAGCUGGUGGGAAGGCGGGGAAGAACAAGGAGGUGCCGGCCAGGGCUGCGAAGGCAGUGGUGGAGAAGUCGAGCUGCCUGUGGGGAAUCUCGCAGUGCUGGCGUGGCGUGGUGCAGCAGCAGGUGCAGCAGUUCCUGGAGGCAGCAGGGCAGGUGCCAGACCUUGCGGAGCAAUACUGCGGGCUGUACCAGCGCCUGCGCAGUGCCACAGAGGAGCUCUUUGGGCAGCAGGCCGCCUUCAUGCUGGCCCUGGGCCAGGGCUUUGCAGGGGCUUUGCUGCAGCUCUCCUUCCUGACUGCCCUGCAUGUGAGUGAGCAGUUUGCCCGCUACCUUGAUGUGCAGAUCCAGGAGCUCCGCAGGGCAGCACAGGGCAGCACAGGGCCGCUGGAGCGGCUGCAGCAGUUCUUGGAGCCCUUUGUUGUCUUCAGUGGCCUGGAGCUCGCCCAUACCUUCGAGCACUUUUACAGGCACUACCUGGGAGACCGGCUCCUGACACAAGGGCCGUCUUGGCUGGAAGGAGGCAUCGUGGAGCAGAUUGGGCUGUGCUUCCCCAGCCGCUUUCCCCAAGAUAUGCUGAGCAACUUGGCUGAGUCAGAGGAGCUCCAGCGGCAGUUCUACCUCUUCCAGCUGCAGGAGCAGGAUAAGCGGCUGCUGGAGCUGGACACGGGCCUGGAUGAGGUGCUGGAGACAGCCCCGGUGGCAGAUGUGCCAGAAGUGAAGGUGCUGGCCCUGUCCCCACGCUGCUGGCCUGUUUCCCCACUCUGUUACAUGGAUAACCCUGGGAGGUUUUUCUCAGCAACGCUGAGCUCCCCCCUGGAUGAGUUUGCUGACUUCUGCCAGCAGAGCCAGAGCCGGCUGGGCUGGGAGUGCACGAAGCCCCAGCGAUUGCAGUGGACAUGGCUGGGCCACGCUGAGCUGCAGUUUGGAGACUGUGUCCUCCACGUGUCCACACUACAGAUGUACAUCCUGCUGUGCUUCAACAGUGCCGAGGAGGUGGCUGUGGAGGCCCUGCUGCAGGCUACAGGGCUCCCUGCUGACCUGGUGCACCACACGCUGACACCGCUGACCCACGGCCAGGGCAUCCUGGUGCAGAGCUGCACGCCGGGAGGUGAAUGUGGGGCCGGGGCACCCCUGGAGAGGUGCUGCUCUGAGCCCUGAGUAGGUGCUGGGGUUUGGGGUGCAUGAACUCGUACGGCAAGUGAGUAGGCUGGGGUGGGUCUGUCUGGUGGUUCUGGGGGUGUGGGUCUGUGUGGCAGGUUGGGGCCAUUAGGCCAGGUG